UGUCUUGAGUGUUGUAGAUUGACAAAGGUUGACAAAGUAUAUCACAAUAUACUAUGGUUAUAUGGAGUAAAACGAGUGGUGUUCCAAAGAGGAUAUAAUAAAGAAGACGAAGAAGAAGGAAGGAAAUUUUAAUAUAUUGAUUAACCAAAAUUUUUAAUUACGGUAUCUCUAAAUAAUGGGUCCGCCAAAGCGUUUAAAAAAAGAUAACGGUAAAUGGAAGAAGCGCAAGGAUGAUUACGAUGAAUACAACGAUGACGAUUCGAUAGACAGUAAUGAGGCAGAUGGUGUACCAGAUGCAGCAAAAAAUGAUGUAGAAAAACAAGAUGAGUGUGCAAUCGAGGAUGAAUUUGGCGCAAAAGAUUAUCGCUCGCAAAUGAUUUUAAAACCAGAUUGUUCAUCCAGACCAUUAUGGAUGGCGCCAAAUGGACAUAUUUUUUUGGAAUCCUUUUCUCCUGUGUAUAAACAUGCUCAUGAUUUUUUAAUAGCUAUAUCAGAACCUGUAUGUCGACCAGAACAUAUUCAUGAAUAUAAAUUGACUGCAUAUUCACUUUAUGCUGCGGUUAGCGUAGGUCUACAAACACAAGAUAUAAUAGAGUAUUUAAAGAGAUUGAGUAAAACUAGUAUUCCUGAUGGUAUAAUCGAGUUUAUCAAACUGUGUACAUUAUCUUAUGGGAAAGUUAAACUCGUCUUAAAACACAAUAAAUAUUUUAUCGAAUCGCCAUUUCCUGAAGUGUUACAACGAUUACUGAAAGAUCCAGUAAUUCAAGAGUGUCGAUUGAGAAAGCUUACAGGAGAUAUAGAAACCGAUGAUAUUGUCACAAAUGUUCAAACCAAAAUAAAAGUUCCACAGUUUGGAUCAAAAGCACUCAUAAAUACGCUUGUGCCUAGUAAGACAAAUUCAGAAACUGAAUCUGACCAAAUAUUAACAGAAACAACUACCAUUCCAGAAGAUAUAACUGCUUUUUAUAGUAAGAUUGACAAGGAGGAUGAAGAUGAAGAAGAAGAUCAAGAAUUGAAAACAGUUAGUUUUGAAGUGAAUCAGGAGAAAAUUGAAGUUAUACAAAAACGAUGUAUCGAACUGGAACAUCCUUUAUUGGCAGAAUAUGAUUUUCGCAACGAUAGUGUAAAUCCCGAUAUAAAUAUAGAUUUGAAGCCAUCAGCUGUAUUAAGACCUUAUCAAGAAAAAAGUUUGCGGAAAAUGUUUGGUAAUGGACGAGCUAGAUCCGGGGUAAUAGUUUUACCCUGUGGUGCUGGUAAAAGUUUAGUUGGAGUAACAGCUUGCUGUACAGUACGUAAACGUGCUCUAGUGCUAUGUAAUUCCGGUGUAUCCGUAGAACAAUGGAAGCAACAAUUUAAAAUGUGGUCUACCGCUGAUGAUUCGAUGAUUUGCCGUUUUACCAGCGAAGCUAAGGAUAAACCUAUGGGUUGUGGAAUAUUGAUAACCACAUAUUCCAUGAUCACACAUACUCAAAAACGUUCAUGGGAAGCUGAGCAAACGAUGCGUUGGCUUCAAGAACAGGAAUGGGGUAUUAUGGUCUUAGAUGAGGUGCACACCAUUCCUGCAAAAAUGUUCCGUAGAGUAUUAACAAUUGUUCAGUCUCAUUGUAAGUUGGGUUUAACAGCUACGCUCUUACGAGAAGAUGAUAAAAUUGCUGAUCUGAAUUUUUUGAUUGGUCCUAAAUUAUACGAGGCUAACUGGUUGGAAUUGCAAAAAAGAGGAUUUAUUGCAAGAGUACAAUGCGCGGAAGUUUGGUGUCCUAUGACACCAGAAUUUUAUAGAGAAUAUCUUGCUUGCAAGAUGAGCCGAAAACUGUUACUAUAUGUGAUGAAUCCAAAUAAAUUUCGUUGUUGUCAAUAUUUAAUUCGAUAUCAUGAAAGACGUGGCGAUAAAACAAUUGUCUUCUCUGACAAUGUAUUUGCAUUGAAACACUAUGCUAUUAAAAUGAAUAAGCCAUAUAUUUAUGGUCCUACUAGUCAGAGCGAAAGGAUACAAAUUUUACAAAAUUUUAAAUUUAACAUGAAAGUAAAUACGAUAUUUGUCAGCAAAGUAGCAGAUACUUCUUUUGAUUUACCAGAGGCUAAUGUCUUGAUUCAGAUUUCAUCCCAUGGUGGAUCUAGAAGACAAGAAGCACAACGAUUAGGGCGUAUUCUUAGGGCUAAAAAAGGUGCGAUUGCGGAAGAAUAUAACGCAUUCUUUUAUACGCUCGUAUCACAAGAUACAAUGGAAAUGAAUUACUCGAGAAAGCGUCAACGAUUUCUCGUGAAUCAAGGUUACGCGUACAAAGUCAUCACGAAACUUGCAGGCAUGGAUGAGGUAAUGACAUCGAUAAAAUAAUAAUUGAGCAGUAUU